CGCUGAUAUGAAUGAUACGCUUUCCCCAGCUGGCAGGUGAUGGAAGACAUGGACGACACCCAACGCCCGGGACGAACAACUGUCUUGCGCCGAGCGACACUCAAUGCGUCAAUUUUUUACACUCACAUGUCGGUCAGGUAAGACCGGCACAGUCAUGUAGACGUCACAAGCAAGAACCACACUGCACAUGUGUGCUCGUUUCCUUCCCGGCUCGCCACUCAUCGAGCGCCCUUUGCCCCUUUGCCCCCCUUGGGAACGGAUCCUUUCUGCGCAGCAGCUUUUGCACCCGCAAACUUGGUCUUCGCCUCCUGUCUCUUCUGCUGCCGGGCUUUGGCCUCCUUGAGUGCCACCUCCUGUGCCGCCUGUGAGGCAAUGUCCAGAACAUUCAAGUCAGGUCACACAGGCCAAAGGGUGCUCUUGUAGUGUGGCAAUUGUGGCGUUUGUCUUAGUGGACGAACGAACCCGGCGUUCAACUGGCUUUGCCGCUCUCUUGCGCUUGAUGUCCUCCAGUGUGAGGCCGACGAUGGCCUUCUGCACCUUGGCUGUGCGUCGUGUCUUCCUUCUCGUGACCUCCUCAACCUUGCCCUUCUUGUUCAUGCGUCGCCAUGCCUGGGUCCACGUGAGCUUCACAGGCUUGAUACGCUGGUGGUGGAGCGAGUCGGUCUUGGAGUUGAUGAACAGGUAGUUCUUGCCGUCACGAGCAAUGAAACGCUGACCACGACCUGGGUACACACGGUACUCACUGCGAGGGAGGGAGAUGACGACACACGAACAACAGACACACAUCAGGGGCAGAGAGUCAAGCGAAUCUCCCGUACCCGCCUACUCCCACCCCAUCCCAGAGAUCAGACCACUGAGGCUUGUGCCUUACCUGUACGAGCACGACUCUGUCUUGAUCACCAUCCCGGCGAGGGCUCACACACGAAGAGCAGAUCUUCCUCAAUUGGCUUCCCGGCAAUCUUCCCUCACACAGGAAGGCUCCCC